UGUAAUAUUUCUAUGGGUUUCACAUUUCACAUGUCAAAAUACGUGUAAAAUUGUGAGAAUUGCUAAUUACGGUAUUUAAUUUUUAACAAGUAAUUCGUGUAUGGGUUAUAUAGCGAGCAAAAGUUUCCUUUUCAAAAGGAGAAAAGCAAGAUUAUUAACAAGAGGGGAAAAUUAGUAUAACCUCAAAACAUUAAACACUGUCGUAAAUGUCAACCUAUGUGUAAAAAUCAACUCGUCAAAGCGCUCCAGAAUUUAGUCUGCCGUAAUUCCUUGUCAUCCUCACGUUUUGCAAUCAGGUGAAACCGUGGUGAGAUUGGCAUUUAAAAACUUAUUGCAAACAUGAGUUCCCGUAAAACACUUUCUGCUUCAAAAGAUAUGGAUAAUAAGGACGGUGAAAAUAGGGCACUGAUCAAAGUUAUCGAUCGUCCAACAUUUAUAUUAAAAACCCGAGAAGGAGAAAGCCGUGCAGUGUCUCCGAGUCAACGAAAUGGCAGCAAAAAAGAUACUGAAUCUAAUACUUCAUCUAAAUUGGCAGAUACUCGGCCGGCACUUCCCACCCGUCUUGAAAUGACACACACCGUUAAGUUCAUGGAUGAAGGAAUGCAACUUUUGGAAAGUCCUUUGGAUUUUUUAUACGAUCAACAGGAUUUUCUGGUUGUUGGAUGUGUCGGAACCAGAGGAGUAGGAAAGUCGACAAUAAUGUCAUUGUUGACCGCCAAUUACAUGUCUGAUGUUUUUCCAACACAAACGUUGUCGCAUCACGAAAGUGGCUCGAAUUGUACGUCUGGCGUAGAUUUCUAUGUGACUAAAAACCGAGUUAUCUACUUGGACACUCAGCCUAUAUUAUCUGGGGUGGCAAUUGAUCACUCUGGAUUAUACGAGCAAAAGAAAAAUAACAACGAUUUUGCAAACAUAGAAAAUAACGUGGAACUGCAAUCCUUACAGUUAACAUCGUUUCUGCUGUCUGUUUGUCACGUUGUAAUAUUCAUUCAGGACUGGUUUGUAGAUCCCAAUUUAAUCAGAUUCAUUCAAACUGCCGAAAUGCUGAAACCUUCUUCGGCGUCUGCUAUGGAUCAAGACUUUGUCGAAUAUUAUCCACACAUCCUCUUUCUGCACAAUAAAGCUGAGUUACAAGAUUUCAUGCCUGAUUCUAUGAACAUGAUGAAAGACUUUUAUAACAAAGUAUUUAUAAACUCUAGACUGCUGACACACAGUGGAUUAAAUAUGGCUUCAUCCGUCGUUGAUGGACAACUAAAUUUAUUCGUUAUACCAGAAAUUACAAACGAAGAUGAGACAAUCGUUCAUGAUAGUGCAGAAAAAAUAUCAGAAAAAUUGCGUAUGAGAAUACAUGGUAUAUCACGUAACAACAUGACUUCAACUGUAUUGACUGAAAAAAAUUGGUACCAUUAUGCUUCCAAAAUUAUGGAUACGAUAAAGAAAAGUCAUUUGUUUUCUGAAUAUGGGAGAUUAAUGCCGUGAAAACAACAAUUUGGCAAAGUGGAAUGAAUGUAAUCUUUCACAAAGAUAUCGUUCGCUUCAGAGGAUAAUAAAUGUAUGAACUCAGUACAGCAGUUCAAUAUUAACUCCCUCGACUCGUUUGCUACUCGUAUAUGGGGUAGGAUUUCUUUUAUCAUUUUAUUUAUCGACGCUCGAGGUAAAGUCAGCUCAUCGUCUUCAGCUGGAGUCACUGUUGCCGAGGCCAUUGGAACCCUGAAAAUCGAGGAUCAAACAACGUUCAAUAACUUUAGCAAACCUAUUAAAGAAAUGCUUUGAAAGUGUGUGCCAAGAAACAAUAUACCUUUAUUCGACAAGUGAGAUGAACACCGACAAUAAACAAAUGUUUUCAGAAA